AUGAACGCCAUCCAGGAUAAGUGUCGGCCCAAGCAUCAGGUCCUGGUCCUCAAAUGCUAUCCCAGGACCGUCAAGGGCGCCGUCGAUGUCAAGCCCAACAGCAGCGAGCUUAGUUAUUUGCUCUUUUACGCUACCAGCCGCCGCUCCAAGAUUCAGAAGAUUGGAGCUUUCCUCCAAAAGAAAACAGCCUCCGAUGUCUGGCGAAUGCGCAUUGGAAAUGUCCAGGUAACCCUCGGUAUCCUCGCCGCCUUGAUCGAAAAGUCCCCCAAGGAAGCCGCGCUCAUUGCGCCAUACACACUCAAGAUCCUCGACCAAAUCCUGCGAUCCAAUGACAUCACCAUGAUUGAGUCGUCGCUUCCUACCUUCGAGGCCUUUUGCGAGCACAACGAUGCAACCUCUCUCUUCGGCGACAAGCAAUAUGCAGGAGAAUACGAGUCCGUUAUCAAGCAGUACGCGCAAUUCGCUUCCACGCGCAGCACACCCAGCAAAACACCUCUCAGCCGUCCAAUGCAGGUGCGCUGGCGCAAUGCUGGUUUGACCGCCAUCAAGUGCGUUUCGGCAGCAGAUAACCUGUCGUCACUGACCGGUAGACAAAUGGACGUCGUCAUCCCUCGAAUUCUCGAGAACCUCUGGACUGACAACGAAUCCUUCAUCGAUGUCCUCCAAGAACGCCUCCGCCUCGAGGAAAAGGAAGACGAAGAAAAGGUCGUUCGCCGCCGAAAUAGUAUCGCCAUUGCCGAUGCCGCCGGUGCAGCCGGAGACCAGCCCGUGGCGCUCCCAGAUACGACGGCCGAUGCCGAUAUGUUGGCCGAGGAGGACACUGGCGUUCUAGCCAUGCAGUGCCUCAAGAGUAUUUUUAUCGCACCUAACCGAUCCCAGAUUUAUUCCGCCACAGUGGCUUUGCUCAAGUUUGUAUCGGAGCGUGUCAAACAGGGCGAAACCGUCAUUGUGGACGAUGAGAAAGGCAUUGCCACAAGUGGCUGGGCCAUCCGAAUUUUCAACAUUGUGUCCCGCUGGGCCCCCGUACAGGAUCGUUAUGUUAUCCUUCUUGUGGCUCUCGACACCUUGAUCCGAACCCCCGUCAAGGACUCUACCUUGGAACAGCAUUUAACGUUUUCUGCUUUGAUUGGCUCCCUGCUUCGCUCUGAUCUGAGCUUGGUCGGCCUCAGCGUCAUGGACGUUCUGCUUGGGCUUAUCCGCCAGCUGCGCAAGCUCUUCCAACUCCAAUCCGAGAUGAGCCGAUCGGGCAGUGGCAGCGGAAAUGGCACUAAAGAUGCCAGCCAAGCAGAGCCUGAAGAUGCUGGCCAGCGCCUACAACUCCGCCAGAGACUCGAGCAAUGUAUCGGCGACCUGGCCACCCACGUUUACUACGCAGACCAAAUUUGGGAUAUGAUUACUGCUAUUGUCGUUCGCCUUAAGCCUAGCCGCAAGUCGAGCACUGGCGGAACAGCUCACAAAGAAAACGGAGAACAGGCUCCAGAGGACGACUCACACCCCGAUUUGACCGAUAGCCAGACCUCACAGCUUGACUCCUUCUUUUCGUAUCCUGCUGGCCGCGCGUCUGCUCUACGAAUUGUCAAGGGCAUCUUUCUUGUUGCCAACCCACAAACGAAGAUUGCCGGCAAUGUCGACCUCUCGCGAAACCGUGUACCCAUCCAAGUUUGGGAGGGCACACACUGGCUUCUCCGUGAUGCUGAUGGUAAUGUUCGUAAAGCAUACGCUGAUGCUUUGGGCACCUGGCUCGACAGAGAGACUACUCGCGCCGACCUAUACGCAGAAGAUUUCUCUGCCGACGCCAAGAAUGGUCGUGACCCAUCCUCUGCAAGACGCACCAUCUCCAACAUCUCCACUGGGGAGCAUCAUUACCACCCCCGCCAAUCUAGCUUCCUCCCUCUUCUUCAUUUGGCCAUUUUUGACAAUGCCCUUCAGUACGUUGACUAUGAUAGCGACAUGGUUCUGUUGCACACUCUGCUGGCCAAGCUGGCAUUCAAGCUGGGUGUAAACGCCGUGCGAUGCGGCCUGCCCAUGAUUUACAGACUACAAGAAGAGAUCCAAGAAGUCGAGCAGCCAAUCCACAAGGUUCGCAUCUCUGCUCUCUGCCACGGCUACUUCUGGGCCAUCUGUGACAAGUUUGAUCUCGGUUCGUCCGUUGGCGGCCGGGCCAUUCAAAAUGAAAUUGCUCGUCGCCGAAGCAAGGGCUUUUGGGUCAACGGUAUUAUUGUCCCUACUCUGAGCGUGGACGAGCUCGCCCUCCCGGGACGCCCCGGAUCGCCUCCUUCAUGGGAUGUUGCAGCCUUGGAGAGAGAAGAGUUGCUGCCGUUUGACGACCGCACUUCGCUUGUUCAAGGCAUUGCCGGCAGCUACGAAGACGGCGUUCAUUCGCCGCCUGGCAGCCCGGCCCUCGCACCAACCCGCAACACACCGCAAAACUCGGUCAUCUUGUCAAAGCAUGCCGAACUUCCCGAUGCUGUUCGUGAAGAGAUGCUUGCAGAAUGGUCGCGCGAGAAUGUGCUCACAAGCGUCGCUGCCCAAGGCAAGGCCGAGUCGAUGAAUGGAUCCAAGUCAGGCACCACCGGUGCUCGUGCCGCCAAUAGGCUUGCGCUCCACGCAGCCGGUGUAAAUGGCAACGGCCAGUCGCCGUAUGGCAGCCUGCAUAACUUGCGGCCGCUUUCCGCUCAUGUGCCCGCUGAUCGGGAGAGAUUCGGGUCCUUAUCAAAGCUCCGCAAGACCAGUGUACAAAGCGGUACGUCGCCAACACCGUCGCUCUCUGGAAAGAAUGGUAUCGCCUCAGUUGACCAGCUGAAGAUGAUUUUGGCUGGCAAUGUGUCUCCCAAGACAAUCGGAAUCCCUGGCACUGCGGGGUCAGACGACAGUGGUGAGAGUAUGGUUAGCUACGACUACACCCACUCUGAGCUUAGCUUCAACCCCCCUGGCCCCGGGGAGCAGGGAGCGACAACGACGGGAGAGAUUCUAAACAGAACGAUAUCCGCUUCCUCCAGAGGUGGAGCCACUUCCCAGACCGAUGCGGAUGGAGAAGAUGAGGACGAUGUACCCCCAGUGCCGCCUCUGCCUAAGCUCAGUGCCCUCGCUGGCAAAAACGCGCUGCUCACCUCUGGCAGUGUCCGAUCAAAGAGAACUGUGAGCGGACAAAGCUCACUCCGACAGGAUGGACAGAAGAGCAUGGACCUACAGGAACUGUUGCGCGGUAUUGACAGUACCUCUGGUGAGGGUAGCCUCGGCAACGUCUCGAGGCCGCCAUAUUAA